AUGUCAUCAUCUGUAAAUUCUCCUAAAACAUCUAAUUCUUUCAAUAUUCCAAUACUUCGUGGUUCAAAAUAUUCACCAUCAAUUGAAAAAUCAUCUCAACAUCAUCGUACAACAUUUCAUUUAUCAAAUAUAUUUCAAACAUUAACAAAAUUUAGUCGAAAUAUUCGUACAACAAAUUCUUUUAUACGUUCAACAUCUACAACUUCAAAUGAUCAACAAAAUAAAUUAACACGACGUUCAUUUACAAAACAAGAUACAUUAUCAACAUCAAUAAAUCGUCCAUCAUCAUGUUUUAUACUUCUUUCACCAUCAAAACAUGUACAAGAAACAUGUUUAUUUUUUCAAAAACCAACAAAUACUGAUAAUUCACCUAAAUUAAAUUCUAUAUCAUCAUUUAAUAAAAUCAAACGUGUUUCAUCAUUUCUUUUACCAUUAAAACGUCGACAAUCAUUAUCAUUAAAUCAUAGUCUUCAUGAACGAUCAUUUAAAGCUAAAGAAUCAACAAAACGUCGUUCUCGUCUUCUUAAUUAUUCAAUAUUUAAACAUAAAAAUUCUCUAUCAAUAAAUUAUACUUUAUUAUUAGGAACAUUUGGAUAUAAAAAACAUGAAAAUUCAAUUCAAUUAAUUCAAAAAUCUUUUUUUCUAUUUGAUAUUAUUCAAAUUGAUCUUAUUUUACAAAUAAGAUUAAAUAAUUCUUUACAUAAUAAUUAUCAAUCAAUAUUAUAUGAUAUUCCACAUUGGCCAUUUAUUCAAAAAAAUAAAUCAUUUUAUGGUAUUCUAUUAGAACAACAAAUAUUAGUUUUAUUUCAACCAAAAUUAUUUGAAAAUAAUCUUUAUCAUCAAAAACAUAAUUAUUAUGAUUUUAUUUAUAUACCAUUUCCUCAAAUAAAAUAUAAAGAAAAUCAUUUUAUUCAUAUUGGUUAUGAUUGUUUAGCACCAACAACUAUACGAAUACCUUUAACAUGGAUAUCAAAAAUUGAUUUUGAUGAUUAUCAAAUAUCAUCAAAGGAUAUUGAAUAG